AUGACCUUCGGCCGCCACCCGCGCGCGCGGCGGCUGCUCGCGCGCCUCUCGGGCCGGCGGCGCGGGGCCUGCGCUCGGGCCAUGGAGCCGCCGCGCUGCUUCGCGCUGGAGCUGCCGGGCUGCACUCUGGCGCACUUUGCGGUGGGCGAGCAGGCCCCGGGCGCGCGCCCCGACCCCCGCGUGGCCGCGCUCCUGGGCCCCCCGGGCCGCAGCUACUCGCUGAGCGUGCCGGGGACCGGGGGCGUGGGGGCCCGGGUGCGCGCGGCCCGGCUUCAUCAGCACCUGCGGCAGCAGCUGCGGCGCGGCCCCUUCCAGAGGUGCGAGCUGCGCCGGCUGCUGGGCUAUUGCCCGGACGGCGGCGCCGGGGCCCUGCAGCACGGCUUCCUGCUCCGUGACCCCCGCGACAGCCCCGACACCCGGCAAGCGCUGCUGGCGCUGCUGGACGCCUGCCCCGAGGCUCCGCGCCCGCUCUUGGCCGAGUUCUCCCGGGACCCGCUCUGCCAGCUGUGGCAGCGCCCCUGGGAGCGGCGGGACGGCCGGGGCUGGCAGCAGCUGGGCGGCGAGCGCGUGGGGCCCGCACCGGAGCCCGCCCUGCACCCGGUGGUGCCCGACCUGCCCAGCUCCGGGGUCUUCCCCCACCGGGAGGCCGCCCGCGCCGUCUUGGAGGCGUGCACGUCCUUCAUUCCUGAAGCCCGAGAUGUGCUUGAUCUGGUGGACCAGUGCCCAGAGCAGGUCCAGAAGGGAAGGUUCCCCGUCAUUGUCAUUGAGGGCUUGGAUGCCACAGGUAAAACCACCGUGACCCAGUCAGUUUCAGAUUCACUCAAGGCUGUUCUCUUGAAGUCACCACCCUCUUGCAUCAGCCAGUGGAGGAAAAUCUUUGAUGAUGAACCAACUAUCAUUAGAAGAGCUUUUUACUCUUUGGGCAAUUAUAUCGUGGCUUCUGAAAUAGCUAAAGAGUCUACCAAAUCGCCUGUGAUUGUCGACAGGUACUGGCACAGCACGGCCACCUAUGCCAUAGCCACUGAGGUGAGUGGGGGCCUCCUGCACCUGCCCCCCGUCCAUCACCCUAUAUACCAGUGGCCCAGGGACCUGCUCAAACCCGACCUGGUCCUGCUGCUCACCGUGAGCCCCGAGGAGAGGAUGCAGAGGAUUGAGGGCCGAGGCCUGGAGAAGACCAGAGAGGAGGCUGAGCUGGAGACCAACAGCAUAUUUCGUCAAAAGGUAGAAGUAUGCUACCAGCGGAUGGAGAACCCCGGCUGCCACGUGGUGGAUGCCAGCCCGUCACGAGAAAAGGUCCUCCAGAUGGUGUUAAGUGUAAUCCAAAAUAAUUGCAAUUAAUUGUAGUUACUCCAGGCCAAGUGACACAUUUUACUAACCUGAUGCUGUUUGAUCCAUCUAAGCCCACGACUGGUUGUGUGGUUUUCCCAGAUUUCAGUUGUGUAAAGCGUGUUGUGUGUCAGAAGAGUGGACAUUUCAGUUUUACCUAAACUGACCAAAGGACAGUUUGUUCUCCUGACCAAAGGACCCAUGUGGCUGCCAUCUGCCAAGUAUAAUGAACAUUUGCUUGGAACGGGUUCUUAAACUGCAGCCCCACUGAGUCCUUCCAAGAUGUGUCUCCUCUAGAAAGCGCAAGGUGGGCAGAAGCGACCGAGAAGGUCAUCCAGAUCCGUGGAACCCCCCCCGCCUGGUGCUCCCUGUGGGUGUGCAGGCUUGUGUCCCAAAGAACGUGUCUGCGUGUCCCAGCUGUCAGAACCCAUCUUGGGGUGGUGAACUCUGAGCAAGAAACAUCUGGCUUGUAUCUGAGGCUUCUGGCCCCUAAACGGGUCCUCUUGGUUAGCAUUACAAAGUCAAACGCAGAGGAGGCCAUCCCGAGAGGCUCUGAAUACAAACACACCAAGAGUCCUUGGAUUCUGUUCUGCUGAUUUACGUUCCUCUCCUUUCCUCUGAAAACAUGGCUUUGGAUGGAAGGAGUGGUCUGCAUGGAGCUAGAUGCUCUAAGGGCUUCCCUGGUGGUGCUAGUGGUAAAGAACCCACCUGCUAAUGCAGGAGACUUAAAAGACGCUGGUUCCGUCCCUGGGUCUGGAAGAUCCCCUGGAGGAGAGCAUGGCAACCCACUCCUGUAUUCUUGCCUGGAGAAUCCCAUGGACAGAGGAGCCUGGCGGCAACAGUCCAUGGGGUUGCAAGAGUCGGACACGACUGAAGCGACUGAUGCAUUAAACGGAGCCAAUCCAGUCAUGCAUUUGUACUGAUGUUUACAUCUUGUUUGUCCUCCGUGUAGGGGGUGUGUUUUACUAAUCAGAACCGAAGCCAAGAAGCUGAAUGUAACGCUUGCUAUAUGUUUUUAUUAGACAGAUGCAAUUUAUCCUACUGAGUAAGCAGUAGGAUAUGGGAUCCUGGAAUGGGAUUUCUCAAUGAAUUAUCUUGCACUUCAGUGUCUUAUGAGUGUACAUGCAAUUGGUAUUGAGAUUUGUUUGGCUAGAAGAAAAAAAAAAAUAGCUGAGAAAACAGAAACUUAAUAGUCUUGAGGCCUUGGGUGAGUCAUUUAACAUCAUGUAACUUGAUCUAAAAAGUGACAGUAAUUCUUUAUUUUUCUUAAGGCAUUGGGUGAACUAGGUGAUUACUUAAAAUUCCUUCCAGUUCUAAGAUAGAUUGAAUCUGUGAACUACUUUAGGGAAAUGGCUCAAGAAGACAUCUCCUCAGAAAAAUUUAAGGCAUCAUCAGGUUUAUCACAUGGACUCUUAAAUUUUAACAAAGUUUAUAUUAGCUAUAUCAUUAUUUUUCAAAAGAACUGUAGGUAAUUUAUGCAUAGUAUAUGUACAUAUAUGGGCUUCCCUAGUGGCUCAGCGGUAAAGAUUCCAUCUGCAAUGCAGGAGCCACAGAAGAUGCAAGUUCAGUCCCUGGGUCAGAAAGAUCCCCUGGAGGAGAAAAUGACAACCCACUCCAGUCUUCUUGCCUGGAGAAUCCUCUGGACAGAGGAGCCUGGCGGGCUCUAGUCCAUGGGGUCAAGAAGAAUUGGGCAGGACUAAAGUCACUGAGCAUGCACAUAUGUACGUAUAUAAAUAUUUAAUUUUAGGUAAAUAUUUUUUAAAGCUGAUAAAUCAUGCUUGGGUGAAGAUGGGUAUUAUUGACUUCAAACAUUUUCAAAAGCAUAU